AUGGGAAAUUUAACACACAAAGCAGAAUAUAAUAAUUUUAGAAGAAUAAAAAAAUAUAAGAAAGAUUAAAUUAUUAUUUCAGCUAAAAGAGUUGGGAGAUACAUAAAAGGAUCUUCAAGAGACUCUGGAUAAAGUAUAAUUAAACAUGAAUGGAUUAAAGUUGAGACUGAUGAGGGGGAUACUUAUGUAAUUCAUCAUGAAGGUUAUGGCAAAGAUAUUAAAACUGUUUCACCUUCUGUUUUGAGGGGUGAAGGAUAUGAAGAACAACCUAUAAAAGUUCGAAAAUAUAUCACCAUUGGAGAAGCUGAAAAGAUAGGAGGUAAAGGUAGGGGUUAUUUUGGUAAUAAAACUUGUAUUGGAAUGGCUAAUAGGAUUUAAGAAUGUUUAGAGGGUUUUUGA